AUGAAAUCCAUACGUGUAGGCUAUAUUCCUGAGCACUUCAGCACCCCCUUAUUGUUUGCACAGCAGAAGGGCUUUUUUGCGAACCAAGGGGUGGAGGUGGACCUAAUCCAGUACCCUAGUGGUUCCGGUCACCUUAUACAAGCGCUCACGUGCGGUGAUCUUGACAUUGCUGUAGGCCUCACAGAGGCUUUUGUGCGUGGCAUUGCAGAUAAAGACCAGGGUGCUGAGGCUGUCUACCAGCUAGUCGGUACGUACGUGAAGUCUCCCCUGAACUGGGCCGUCUCCACCGGCGCUCAGCGCAACGACCUUGUCGACCUAAAGCAACUAGAGGGCUCCAAGAUUGGCGUGUCACGUGUGGGUAGUGGAUCUUACGUCAUGAGCUAUGUCCUGGCACUAGAUAACAAGUUCCAGCAGCCCUUCCAAGACCAUGUCGUGUGCGACACUUUUGCUAAUCUCCGAGCCGCCGUCAAUAACAACUCUGUUGACGCUUUCCUCUGGGAGCACUUCACGUCUAAGAAGUACUACGAUAACGGCGAAAUUAAGAAUAUCGGCAAUAUUUACACCCCAUGGCCAUCCUGGGUAAUAGUCAAGAGCAAAAGCCUAGAGAGUGAAUCUGUUCGGGCUUUCACAACCGCAGUUUCUGAGGGCAUUGUUUACUUUAAUGCACACAAACAAGAAUCGUUAGAUCUUAUUGUUAAUUCUUUUGACUACUCUAAAGAAGAUGCGACUGCGUGGUUAUCUACUGUUGAGUUCCAUGUUCCGUGUCAUACCCUUGGUGACCGUAACAAGGUCAUUGACAAUACAUUACGUGUGCUCAAGGCGGCUAACGUUUUAAAGCACAAGGACGAUCCAGAGCUCAUUCAGACCAACCUGCAAGGUGGGAUCUAUGAAUUGACGCCGAAAUAA